GAGUCUGACUGCGUUGUGUCCGUUGGUAAUGUUAGCACGCUUUUGUUUGUUAUUUAGUGCGCUCGCUAUUCGCUAAAUACUGUUUCAGUUGUCGACAGCAGUGGCAUAAUGUCUUAACUAGCGAAGGCAAUAUAAAUGUUAAACAUCUUAGGUUUGAUUAAUUUGUCAUGCUGUUGUCAUGUAGCUAGCCUAAUUAGCAAGCUUUCGCUACCAACCGUCGCCUGCCAACUUGUAUUUUAGGUUUAGUCCAGCUAACGCUACCUUACAUUGCAGAGUCGUGUGUAGCUGUCAUAUGCGCACGGUAGUGAUAACAUAUUUAACGGUAACUAUAACGUUAGCGGAAUACCUUUCUCACAGUGCUAGCGUCAGCCUAUACGUCAUUGCCCAAUUGAAAGGUAGACUAAUCGUCGGGUGCAACUUAGCUAACAUUAACGUAGGUAUUUAGUCCAACAAUUGACUUAAAAAACUAAAAUUAAAAACAUAAUCCCUGAUAGCUAAAUAAUAACGUGAGGGAACUACUGUAUAAAGUGCUCCUGGGCUACGUGGCGUUAUGGCCGCAGUACACGGUUUGAUACCGGCCCGGUUUCUCACCCUGACGGCGCAUCUGGUCAUCGUCAUCACCAUUUUCUGGUCGCGGGAGAGUACUGUUCAAGCCUGCCUACCUCUGGAGUUCACACAGGAGGAGUUCAACAACAAGGACAUAGAGCUGGUGGUGGGGCUGUCAGUGACGCUGGGCCUGUUUGCAGUGGAGCUGGCCGGGUUCUUCUCUGGAGUGUCCAUGUUCAACUCCAGCCAGAGCCUCCUGUCCACAGCGGCCCAUGCGAGCGCCUCAGUGUCCCUGCUCUUCUUCCUGUUUGAGCAGUGGCCCUGCCACGUCUACUGGUGGAUCCUGGGCUUCUGCAGUGCACUUCCGGCUCUGGUGGAAGUCUUCCUCUUCAUCGCGGUAUUUGGGCUGAAGAGGAAGGCGCUGUGAGGAGCCCCUCCCCCCCGCUGGUGACCCUUUCAGGAAGCAGCUCCAAACGCAGGCUGCUGUGGAAAAGGGACAGGGACCAUGUGUACGUCGCCGAGAUUCAAAUCCCAAUCUCCGGCUGGGGGCGAGAGGCAGCACCCCCCUUUCAGGCUGAACAGGACCAGCCCUACUGCAGCAUUGAUUUCAAAUCAAUCAAUCAAUCAAUCAAUAUAAGUGAAACUCCAGUGCAGUAUGGCAACUACAGCAGAAAGCUGUUUGUCUGUUAUUACACACAGAUUUCCUGAACUCAGUUUCGCAUAAAUACCCUGUGAGCGAUUUAUUAGGUAGACCUGUACACCAAUUUGUUAAUGCAAAUAUUUAAUCAGCCAAUCAUGUGGUAGCAAGAAAAUGCAUUAAAAAACGUAGACGGGGUCAAGAGCUUCAGCUGUUGUUUGACCAAAUGUCAGAAUGGGGAAGAAAUGUGAUUGAAAUGACUUUGACCGUGGAAUGAUUGUUGGUGCCAGACAGAAUGGUUUGAAUAUCUCAGCAACUGCUGAUCUUCUGUAAUGUUCAGGCAUAGCAGUCUCUCGAGUUUGCAGUGAGCAUCCAGUGAGCAGCAGUUCUGCAGA